AUGGCAGCCAACGAGCAUCGAUUCUGUCUCAUCCUAGGAGCAGGAUACGGAGGCAUCGUCCAAGCCUGCACACUCCUACGGCGAGGAAUCCUCUCCUCUCACGACCUCGAGAUCAUCGACCGCAAUGGAGGAUUCGGCGGGGUGUGGUGGAAAAACACGUAUCCGGGAGCAGCUUGCGACAUUGCCGCCGAGGUAUACACGAUCAGUUGGGCUCUCAAUCCGUAUUGGACUAGACGAUUACCCUCCCAACCAGAGAUCCAGCAUUACCUCGAGAAAGUGGCGCUAGAUCACCGUCUCGACGAAUGCACCACCUUCAAUACUGAGGUGGUGGAUGCAGCAUGGGACGAGCAGCAAUUGCUCUGGACGGUCCGGACGAAGGAUGUCCGCGGUACCAAAGCGUGGACUUGCAACCUCUUAAUAAGCGCCACGGGCCAAUACAGCACGCCCCGAAAACCCGAUAUCCCAGGGAUCGAUACCUUCAAAGGGCGACAGUGGCACACGAGCGACUGGCCCAAAGACAACGACGCGGAUUUGAAAGGCAAGCGCGUGGGGAUUAUUGGUGCUGGUCCGUCCGCCGCGCAGCUGAUUCCUCAUAUCGCGGACGAUGUCGGCCGGUUAUUCGUCUACAAGCGCGGAUCGUCGUUCUGUGUGCCGCGGUGGGAUCCUGAGACGAGUCGGCUUCGGCGGUGGCUUUUUGCGAUGGUUCCUGCUCUUGCGAGGUGGUCGAGGUGUUGGGCUUCGAGGAUUACGAGAUAUAUCCACUGGAACGUGACGCAGGAAGGAAGCUGGUGGCAGAAAGCCGUCGUCGCGAUUGCGCACUUCCAUCUCAAUAGACAGGUUCGAGACGAGCAACUCAGGGAGAAACUCAGAGCGAAGGAUAAGUUUGGCUGUAAGCAUGUGCUUGUGCUCAGUGAUUAUUAUCCCGUUCUUAAUGAGGAACAUGUCGAGCUGAUCACCGAUCCCGCUGUUGCGCUGGAUGAGUACGGUAUUGUUUCUCGGAAUGAGGAGACUAGUCGAGAAGAACGCCGGGAGGUUGAUGUGUUGAUCUGGGCUACUGGAUACAAAGCAGAAGAGUUCGGCGCUGCGGUGCCAACUCGUGGACGGGGAGGACGAUUACUGUCUGAGAAAUACGGAUCUGAUAUGUGUUCACUCUAUGGUCUUGCGGUUGAUGAAUUCCCGAACUACUUCAACCUUCUGGGCCCUAACAGCAUUGGGUUCGACAUCCACAUUGUCGAGCUGUUUGAGCUUCAAGCAGAGUACAUUGCACAAAUAGCGCAAUACCUCCACAGGAGACAGACCGAGAAACAGGAUCAUGGACGUCGAUACGCCGUGAUGGCGAAAGGAGAGCGUCUGCGAGAGUGGAGUUUCUCUCUACGCGAGGGACAGGCCAAGCAUCCCGCUGCUGAUCCAGCUUGCCGCAGCCACUACAAGUCUAAAGAUGGGCAAGUCUUCUUUUAUCCUUACGGUUAUGCUCAGUACAAGAAGCUGGUGCGACAGGUCGACUUUGGCCGGGACUGGUUGCUUCUUUCGCGUAUAUCGGAUAACCCUGUGACUGCUAUUGCUGAGAUUCCAUUGUCGGAUCGGUCUUAG